AUGACUACUAUAGCCUUUGUCAAUACCGCUUCCGGCGGAAACGAAGGUCAACGUGUUUUGGAUCACCUUAAACACGAACUGGGUGAUGAAAACGUCUUUGACAUCAAGGAGGACAAGGGCCCUGAUCGGGGUCUUGAAACCCGCGCCUCAGACCCCACUCAAGAUACCCGCGUCAUCGUCGCCGGGGGAGAUGGAACCUUCUCCUGGGUUGCAAACGCAGUUGAGAAGAGAAACUUGUCACACUGUCGCCUCACCGUCAUACCGCUUGGCUCUGGUAAUGACAUGUCUCGAGCACUGGGAUGGGGCAAGAAGUUUCCUGGCCUCUCAAAUAUUUCCCAUCAACUCGAGUGGCUUAACGUUGCCAAACCCCGCAAACUCGACGUCUGGCGAUUAACGGCAAAACAUAGUACAUCUAGCACCGCCCUCGUUGAUGAUGACGGCAUUGCUCAUGGUGCACGACCACUCGUGUGUAACUAUCUUAGUCUCGGUGCAGAUGCCUACGUUGAGCUACGUUUCAAUCAACUACGUUGGGACAAUCCUGCCAAAUACAAGAGCCGUCUCGGUAACUUCAAGGCACAUUUCCUAGUUGGCUCAAAAUACAUGUGCAUACCCCAAGCCGAAAAGAUUCAUGUAGCAGACCACAUCCAGGAAUUCAAUGUUGAUGGCAAGGAAAUCACAAUACCUGACAGCCUGCAGGCCCUCAUUUUCCUUAACAUUCCAAGCUACGGUGCCGGAACUCAGCCGUGGGGGCGACUCCGUGGCCAAAAGCGCGCGGAUAUUUCAAGGGAAAGAACCGUAGAAGAUAUGUAUGUUGACGAUCGGAAGUUUGAGGUUAUCGGCCUAUACAGUCUAUCCCAGUUUGGACGAAUUAAGAUCCUUGGAACCCACGGUGUUCGUAUCGCACAAGGACAACGAAUGACUCUCAAGCUAAAAUCAGAGUCAACUCCCUUCCAAGUAGACGGGGAACCGUGGGAACAACGUGGCGGCACCGUCUCACUCGAACCGGGUAAUCGCAUUGGCGUUCUGGAGGGACCGAUCUGGAGAAGCUCAUCUCGAAAGAAUGCAAAGUUUGAUCCAGUGCCGCGCGCAAGUAUCGACAAGCCAUUUGUACCCAGUACCCAUCAAACUCCGGAGAGUUCGGAAUGA